GUCCACACCCAACCCACGCGGCGCGAGACUCCUUCAGUUGAGCCGACAUCAACCAGACGUACGCUAGUGUGUUGUUAUCAGUCCUAGUGGUUGGAUGUGCAGCUCCAGCUCCUGAGGCCAGGCAUCAUGGACGAAACGCAGACUAAAAAGUGCUCAGGUGGACUUCCGGCGCGAUGGGUCACGGCGAUACUGGGAUGCGUCGGCUUCAUGAUCGUCUACGGGUUGAAGGUCAAUCUCAGCGUUGCCAUCAUUGCUAUGGUGAACCACACUGCCGUAGCGGAGCUGACAGCCCACCACGGAGACCACGAAGAGGACCACCACGGCGACGCAGCUGAGGACAACUCGACGGUAUCUGAGAACCAAUGCGGCGUCGAGGAGAAGAAGGAAGAUUUGCUGGAUGGCCCCUUCGUUUGGGACGACAAUAUCCAAGGUGUGAUCCUCGCCUCCUACUUCUACGGAUACAUCUUCACUCAGGUCCCCGGCGGCUGGGUAGCCGAGAAAUUCAGCGCCAAGCACGUCUUCGGUUUGGGCACCCUGGCCAAUGCAGUUUUGGCCCUCCUGACGCCUAUAGCAGCCUCCGGCUCCUACAUUUGGGUCAUCGUCAUCAGAGUGGGCAUGGGCAUUGCUGGGGGCGUAACUCUACCCGGGAUGCACGUCCUGAUUGCCAACUGGGCCCCUCCACAGGAAAGGUCUAAAAUUGCCUCCACUAUAUAUGCAGGAAUGACUCUUGGAACCUUGGUCUGCAUGCCAUUUUCUGGACUGCUGGCUGCCACCAUUGACUGGUCCGCCAUUUUCUACGUCCAAGGUGGACUGUCGAUGCUCUGGUAUGUCCUUUGGCUCAUCUUCGUCUACGACACCCCUGCUAAGCACCCAAGAAUCUCCGUGGCCGAAAGGACCUACAUUGAGUCAUCUAUGGGUACUGUUGCUAAAGCUGAGAAACCCCCCGUCCCCUGGAAGAGCGUGUGGACAUCCAUGCCCGUGUGGGCCAUUAUCGUGGCUCAUACUUGCAGCAACUGGGGCUGGUACAUGCUUCUGGUUAAACUUCCAACUUACAUGAGAUACAUUCUGAAGUUUGACAUCAAAGCUAAUGCUGGAAUCUCUGCAGUGCCUUUCCUUUGCAUGUGGAUCUUCACAAUGAUCUUGGCCAACCUUCUGGAUGCCCUUCGGUCCAGGAAACUCAUCACUACCACAUUUGCUCGCAAGUUGGCCACUUUCCUAGCUUCCGUCCCCCCAGCCGUAUGUCUGAUCGGCGUGACCUAUGUCGGAUGCAACACUGACCUGGCUGUGGUUCUCCUUACCCUGGGUACCAUGUUCGUCGGUGCCAUGUACUCCGGUUUCCUGUCGAACCACAUUGACAUAGCCCCACCUUUCGCUGGCACCCUCAUGGGAAUCACAAACACUUUCGCCACUGUUCCUGGCAUUGUGGUCCCAUCCUUCGUUGGCUACAUGACCCACGGCAAUCAAACUGUAGAGGCCUGGCGUACCAUCUUUUUCAUAACCCUUGGUAUAUUUAGCCUGGAAGCUAUUUUCUUCUCCAUCUUUGGUUCUGGCGAAGAGCAGCCGUGGGCCAAACCGCAGCGAAAAGCAGACCCCGAAGAGCAGAGACUGAAUGAAGGAUUAUAAACAAACCAUCCCGGUCUCAAGUUCCCUGGACUCUCCAGUUCACCAACUUUCAAAGAACUUGGAAAACACAGUGGUCCUGUUACAUUGCUGAGGGCUUCAAGAAACUUGAAUUUGACAGUUUUACUUCAGUAUACAGAGUUAUUACGAGAAAUAUUCUGUAGCACUAGGGUAUCUAACCGAGAAAUGUGCAGAAUAUUGGGGUACCAAAAAUUGACACAUUCUCUGACCCUGUGGCUGAGCCAGGCACCACGUAGAUGGACCCUCCAUUGUCUUUGCCACUGUCAUAGCAAUACAUAGGACUGAUAACACCAACUCAGGAAGGUUCAAUUCCUCAUUUACAUUGACAUAAAAAGAAUCUGAGAUGAAGCCGAUACAGUCAGCAACAAAAUGCCAAAUCAAAUUUUUUUCCAGACUGUUCAGAAGUGUUCAUUCAUUUGACUCAAGUCUUGGAAUAGCUCCCUUUGUCCUGUAUCAGAUCUUUAGAGCCUUAUGUCACCUAUUUCAGUUCAAGAGCAUUGCUCAUGUCAGCUGGGGUCAAGAUUGCCUUCAUAAUGUAAGGUUAGCUCAUUUUAACACUAAUCGUUCUAGAAUCGGUCAAGUGCAAUUCUCUCACUAACUGCAAUCUGGUUAGAGUAAUCACAUGGAGCAGUUUUUAGACUUUUCAAAUCUUUAUUCGUUUAGACAAAUUAUAAUCAAUUAUAUUUAAUGUUAAAUAGGUCGCUAUUUAUGAAAUGAUUUUGUUGUUGUUGUUGUAGUUACCACGUGUCAGAGAUUAAAUGCAAAGUCAAUUAUAUAUCUCAUUCGGAUUAGGGCCACAGUGCUUGCGUCAUAAUGCAGAUGCAAGUUUUAUUUUCCCACGAGCGUUCUCCAAAUGCUGUGCCGUAAGCAGCCUCUGGUAACUUUAGCAUUCUAUCUUAGACUUAGCACCAUGAAACCACUCUCUUCUUUACUGGUGCAAAUCAUGGAGUCAUGUCUUCAGUUCUGCCACAAAUAUCGACCACAUGGGGCAAAGUCUGCUGGAAAGGCAACAAAGUAUGCCAGAGGCCGCAGGAAACGCGAAACCGGUCAGGGACAUUCGGUGUAACAAUCAUUUUCACAUUAUUCUCUGUGAUAAAAGAAAAUCCUGUAUGUCAUGCAGACAUUGUGUACUGAAUCAUAAAGCCUUUAUUUUUUGAAAUCAUGCAUAAUGAGGAAAAUUAUUUUGUUAUGAGAAAUGAGUGUGGAUCUCCGUUACCCUCCAAACCGUGCCCUGGAGUCGGUGUCACGCGAGCACGCUGUAUGGCUUCUUUCAGCUUCCUGACACCAAACUCUGGACAAAAGGUGUCAUAAUGGUGGAAAAACUGAGGCCGCACGUGGUUACUCAUGUGUAACACCUUAGUUUUGCCCCAGUGUAGAAAAUAUUAGCUACUGGGUUCAACAUGUGGUACCAUAGAGCUUGAAAAUUACCAGAAGACAGAUGCUCGUGUGGCACCCCAAACAUUUUCUAUGAGCAGGGAACUUUUUAGGUCAAGUUUCCUGGCGUCGCCUGUACCAUCUAUUUUUUAUUAUUUUUCUUAAAGAUUGAGACCAUCACUUAGAAACGGAAGGAAUAACAGAGUAAUGACUCUAGAGUCAGAAAUGAUAAUAUUAUUCUGCUGAUAUUUAUACGAGAAAAAAAAUAGGAAAUAUUUUUGUGAUGUUUAUAUUUUAGAGCUUUUUUAACAAUAUAAUGUCGGCCACUUUUGAGGGAUCCUUAGACCAGCAGCUGUUAUACACUUUGUUGAGGUUACUGAAGCCAUCAGUAGACACCAGAGAGACAUGACUCACGAGAAAGGACAGGCAGUUCAGGCAAUCUGUCCAGUCAGCAGAUUCGCGAGUCGCGAAGAGUGAUUUCCCAGAAGUCUCUUGAAUACAGCCAUCGAUCAUGGCUUUGCAGUCAAAGUUUUAUAUGUAUUACUUCUCUCUCUUGAAGGACUGAUGGCCUCAGUAAAACCUCUGUUUCUCCCAGUUCUAUCGUUGUACAGGUUUCGUUCAAAUGUGUUCGAAUGCGUUUUUUCCUCUUCUAAAAAAAUUUAUUUUAAUUUCCUUUCUAUCUUGUUAAGAGAUAUUGAAAUGUCCUUUUUUGAGCAGUAUUUGUUGUAUAUAUAUAUAU